AUGCAGUCAACACUGCCGAGCACCUCUCAUAAUGGUGAGCAGGUUACCGCUGAACAGUUCAACAGAAUAGUGUCGGAAUGUAAUGAGAACGACUAUCUGCUCCUUGACUGCAGAUCCGAUGGAGAACCAAUCAAACAUGCUAGUCGAGUUCAAUUGCCAAAUGUGCUUCAAAGACGUUUAAUUGCGGGAUCUUUGGCUCUCAGUAAUGUAUCGGCAAGGUUGCAGAACAUUGAUAAUGCUCCAAAUGUAAUAGUGAUAUGCGGUGAAACGCCAUCCGACGAAUUAAUUUCGAACUCUCUCAUCAAAUUGCUUCGCCAAUACUCCUUCCGAUUUGUCGUUUUUUCAGAAAGUGUGCGCGAAUUAUUGGCGAGUUACCCGGAUCUGCGUGGAUUAACCGACGACGAGAUGAUGAUCAGCUCGCAUUCGUCGCAAUCGUCCGAAAAUAACUAUGGUGGUCCGCCAGUCGGUUUCUUGAAUAUUGGAUCUUUGAGAUUGGAAUCAGAGCAUACAAAACCGAGAGCCGAGUUUCCUGUCGAGGUUUCGCCAUAUUUAUAUCUUGGAAACGGGGAAACUGCGAGAAAUCGUGAAAUUUUAGACAAAUACGCAAUAACUUAUGUAAUCAAUGUGACGUCCAAUCUACCAAACGUGUUCGAAAAUGACCCAAACAUGCACUAUCUGCGGAUCUCUGUCGACGACAAUUCGUCUCAUAAUCUGACUAAAUUCUUUCAAGACGCGUUCGCAUUCAUCAAGACGGCUCAAGACAAUCAGAAGGGAUGUCUCGUACACUGUUUGGCUGGAAUCUCGCGAAGUGUCACUAUUUGUCUAGCAUAUCUAAUGCACAAUCGAAGAGUGCCACUAGAAAUUGCCUAUGAUUGGCUUCAGAAUAAGAAUGCGAGCAUUGCGCCCAACUUUCAUUUCAUGGGACAAUUGACGGAUUAUGAGAGAUUGCUUGGAUUGGAAAACAGCUGUUUUGGGACAUACCCAUCAAGUGCACCGCGUUCGCCAUCAUGUUCCAUCGAAGCAGCUGCAACCGCAGGUCUUUUGACUCCGCCGCCGACAAGCUGCUCAGCAUCACCCCAAAGUAGUACACAUUCAGCAAAAUCAUUCCAUUAA